AAACAAGAAGAGAAGAAAAAGAAAGAAGCUGCACAGAAAAAGACCACAGAACAGAUAACCAAAGUGCCAGACUCUGCCAAGCUCGACCCCACCCCUCCUCUUCUCCCCGCCAACCCCGGUGCCAUCCCACCCGUACCCCAAAGCAGUGGAAAUGGGAAGCGCGCCCCCUCCGGAUGCCAGCCGCAGACUUUGCUCCAGCAGCAGCAGCAGCGCUACCUGCCCAGAGAGGUGCCACCGCGCUUCCGCCAGCAGGAGCAGAAGCAGUUGUUGAAGAGGGGCCAGCCUCUGCCUCCCGGGACCCUGCCUCUCCUAACCACGGGAUAUCCCGACACUGGUGAAUCUGCAGCAUCAACAGUAGCCAUAAACCCCUCUCCAUCCUGUACCUCUUCCUCCUCAGCCAGCUUGCCCACAGUACUGCCCCCGCAUAGUGGCCAAGGAACCCAGUAUGAUAACCCCCCCUGGGGACACCUGCCAGCCAACAGAAGUGCCACAAGUGCUGCAUCUUCCACCAGUCCCAGUGGCUGGGAUCAACUGAUAAUUGACCAGAAGGACUCAGAGGCUUGGCCUUCUAUUACUCUCAGUCAGAGCCAGGCUUCUCCAGCAGGAUGCCCUUUGGACACUGACCCUGGUCACCUGACCACCAGCAGCAGUAGUUCAAGCAGUAGUUGUAGUGCAGUGAGUAUGGCCACGGGAGCCAAUAGUCAGACAGGCCACUUCGCUGCCAACCACCUUAACAGCAAAGCCAACAGUGGGCCUAGCCCUGUCAAUCAUACUGGAACCAGCAUGCUCUCUAGCCAGGUUGCAACCAAUCGCAGUUGGGGAUCUGGGCCAGGACCUUCUCAUUGCCCCCCUCAGUCCUCAGUGGGUAAUGAAGGGAAGUGCGAUAGCCCAGUAGGAGGAGGCAGCAGGGGCUGGGGUUCCUCUUCAUCGUCCUCCACCACCAACUUUAACUUGAACCUAAACCCUAAUGCCAACCCAUCUGCAUGGCCCGUGUUGGGGCAUGAUGGAGGAGGCACAGGGGGAGGCAGCUCAGGUGGAGCCAACACCAUUUCAUCUCCUCAACCUACACCUAAUCUCUGUAACCCUCCUGGCCCCCCACCAGCCCAAACCAGUGCCUGUUCUGGAGCCAACAAUAACGGCAAGUCUUCUGGGAUUGGCAGCGCAUGGGGUACCAUAAUGACUUCUGAUGAGUCACACCUCACUCCAUCCACGAAUGUGUCUUUCAGUUCUGAACCUCAAAACCUUAAAACUGAUGGACCAAAUCAGACUAAAAAACAAGAACCUCCUAGCCCGAUUCAAAACAUGUCUGGUUGGGGCAGCUCACCUGUAGGCUUGGGUUCUAUGGGACAGCCUCAACCAGGGGGUUCACAGGUCAACGGAGAAGAUGGCAACUCUUUGUGGGGUAAUGGUGGCAAUUCAAAGCCAACUUCGUCAAAGGAAGGACCUGGCUGGGAUUCUGCUUGGGGCAAUGUGGGAGGUGGAACUGUAAAGUCUGGAGGCUGGAAUGAACAGUCCAGUGGAGACUGGGGGAAACAGCAUAGCGAAGAGGCCCAGGGAGGCUGGGAUGCGCCCAGCUCUCCUCCCCAGGAUUCACAAGCCAAUACUUGGAGCAGAGCUGUGAGCACAGCUGGUGCCAGUGAAGGGAGCAGUGACAGCAUGGAAGGAUAUCCCCAACAGAGAGAUCACCCAACCAGAGAAAAAACAGUUCCUCUGAUGCCUGCCCAGGAUCUGGACUCCAGGGUGCUGUGCAACACUGGCUGGGGUCAGACUCCUGUUCGCCAGCACACAACCUGGGACAUGGACGAUUCUAAACGCAAGAAUGACGCUGGCACUGAUUCUUGGGGCUCUGGGCCUACAGUUCCAAGCAAUGUCCAGGGACCCUCAAACACUAACACGGGCCCUGCUUCGAGGUCUGACUCUGGUAACAAAAAUGAUGUGCCUGGUUCACAGGGACCUUCUGGUUGGGGUGGAAGCAUGGCUACUUCACAUGCGCCCAGUUCCAGUUGGGGAGACACACCCACUAAUGUAAAGCACCCAGUAGGGCCUAGUGGAUGGGGUAACCCUCCAACAGGAGGCCCUUCCAACAGCAUACCCAAGAACGGGGCUCAAUCUUGGGGGGAGGAGAAAUCAUCUGGCUGGGAUGAUUCACAAGGCAAGUCAACAUCCCAGAGCUGGGGAGAGCAACCCAAAACAUCCAACUCCUGGGGCAGCAGUGGAGGAAGCAAUAACACUGGGGACUGGGGAGAACCAGAAGAGAGUAAAAAGAGCUCCUCUGGCCCUGACUGGAAAGGAGAAUCAGGAAACUGGAAGGAAAACAAGCGAGAUUGGGGAAUGUCUUCUUCAGGACAUGGAGGUUCUGGAGCUGGAAACAGCGGAGGCUGGAGUGACUCUGCACCACAGCGCCCAUGUGGUCCCCCUCAAGGAUGGAUGGGCAAGCCUCAGGAUGGGCCCAGCAGUAAUAGCGGAGGAGGGACUAUGGGCUCUUGGGGUGGUCCCGGCUCUGUGAAGCAGGGUGCAUCCUGGAGUGGUGGUAAGAAAGAACCCUCAAAUGAGGCAACAGGCUGGGAAGAGCCUUCUCCGCCUUCAAUCCGUCGCAAAAUGGAGAUUGAUGACGGGACCUCGGCCUGGGGCGACCCCGGUACCUACAAUAAAGCAGUCAACCUGUGGGACAGGAACAACCCAGGGAUGGUCCAGGCUAAAGUUACCACAGGAGGUAGUAACCCUCCAGGUCCUAGCAAUAACCAUCCCCACGCUCACAAUCACUCCUAUCAUGGGCCGCCUGCACCUUUACAGAACCAUAGCCAAAACACUCAAAACCCAGGCCCUGCCAGUGGGGCCGUAGAUCCUUCAGUGCAACACAAGUCUGGAACAUCUCACAUCAGGGGUCCUUUGAUAGCUCAAGGUUGGGGAGAGAUUCCAAGCUCCCACACAAAAUCUGAAAGCUCUUGGGGAGAACCGGCACCUUCUCCAGUCAGCGUGGAUAAUGGCACAUCUGCUUGGGGCAAACCGAGCGGAGGCCCCGGAGCCUGGGGAGAUGGCAACCCAGACAACUACGGCAGGAGCAACCCAGCGAUGACAGCAGCGCCUGGCAAACCUGCCUCCAAACCUAUGCAAGAUGGGUGGGGGGGAGGAGGUGAAGAGCUCAGCCUUUCAGGGGGUCAGUGGGACUCUGAGGAGGGAGACAUGUGGAACAGUACAGCCUCCCAGGAGAGCAACUCUUCCUGUAACUCCUGGGGCAAUGCAUCCAAAAAAGGCCCACAGAAAGUAAAGAUCCCAGGGAAACAGGAAGAUGUCUGGAUCAUGAAACAGCUCAUCAAACAGCUCACAGACAUGGGCUUCCCUAGGGAUCCAGCAGAGGAGGCUUUGAAGAGCAACAAUAUGAACUUGGAUCAGGCCAUGAGUGCCCUGCUGGAGAAGAAGACAGAGCUUGACAAGCGUGGGAUCGGGACUGGCGGCCACGACUACAACGGGCUCAUCAACAAGCCCAUGAGUUGCCCUCGGCCUCCACUUCUCUCCAAAGACCCCUCAACAGACCCUCGCCUGCCCUUCAUUGAUAAGAUGCAGAGUGGAAUGUUUGGUGGUGGUGGAGCAGCACAAACCCGGGCCAUGCAGCAGCCGCAGCCGCCUCCUCAGCCACCAGUGCCGCCUCUCAGCUCCUCUCAGCCUAGUCUACGUGCGCAAGUGCCUCAGUUUCUCUCCCCUCAGGUUCAAGCACAGCUCUUACAGUUUGCAGCAAAAAACAUUGGUCUGAAUCCUGCACUUUUAACCUCACCAAUAAACCCUCAACAUAUGACCCUUCUGAAUCAACUUUACCAGCUGCAACUGGCAUAUCAGCGUUUACAAAUUCAACAGCAAAUGUUGCAGGCACAGCGCAAUGUUUCUGGCCCCAUUCGGCAACAAGAGCAGCAAGUUGCACGUACAAUCAAUAACAUGCAGCAGCAGAUCCAACAACACCAGCGUCAGCUGGCCCAGGCUCUGCUGAUGAAACAGCAGCAACAGCAGCAGUCGUCCCACUCUGGCCUGCAUCCUGGUGGGGCCAAAUCCUCCCUGGAUUCAUAUCCGGGUCACCCCCAGACUCCAGUCCUACCUGACCUGCAGACCAAAGAGCCGCAGUCAUCUCCCAACACCUACAGCCCCUACACUCUCUCUGGACUGAAUCCAAACAUGAAUCCAAACUGUAUCGAUGUGGGAAGCCUUCCUAUGAAGGACCCACCUCUACCGCAGUCCCGGCUGUCACAGUGGACACACCCAAACUCCAUUGAAAGCCUUUCUGGAAACUCGUCUCCUCUUGAGCCCAACCUGGGAAAACAUGGUGCCAACCUCGGCCCACCUGGAAAGCCUCCUCAGUUAGACGACUCCUACAACCCCUACAACCUGAUAUCAAGUUCAGAGUCUCCGACCAGCCCGUUGGUUCCUCCAGAGAGCUGGGGUCAGGGCAAGAACAGCAGCGACAAGAUGGCCAACGGGACAAAUAUCAACUGGCCUCCAGAGUUUUGUCCUGGUGUACCCUGGAAGGGUCUGCAGAACAUCGACCCUGAGACCGACCCCAACGUGACUCCAGGCAGCGUCCCCAGCGGACCUACGAUCAACACCAACAUCCAAGAUGUCAACCGUUACCUGCUCCGGGACAGAAGUGGAGGCUCCUCUCCCACCUCAUCUCAGAGCGAGGCUCUGCCUCCGUCCACUGAUUGGCCAGUCAGUGCCUACAGUAGCUCGUUCAGUCUUUCUUCCCCGGAGAUGGACGACGCAGGCAAACUGUCAGAAAUGAAAUCAACCUGGUCUCCAGGUCCCAUCUCUCACAGCCAGGCAUCUCUGUCCCACGAGCUUUGGAAAGUCCCCCAGGGUCCGCGGAGCAGCACCACGGCUCCUUCCCGCCCCCCACCCGGCCUCACAAACACAAAACCCUCCUCCACCUGGGGCGGAAGCUCUCUGGGUCUGGCCCAAGGAUGGAGCAGCUCUUACACCACAGCAGGUACCACAUGGAGUACGGACAGCUCCACCAGGACCAGCAGCUGGCUGGUUCUGAGGAACCUAACGCCACAGAUUGACGGUUCCACUCUGCGUACGCUGUGCAUGCAGCACGGCCCCCUCAUCACAUUCCACCUCAACCUGACACAGGGAAACGCUGUGGUUCGCUACAGCUCCAAGGACGAAGCCGCCAAAGCUCAGAAGUCUCUGCACAUGUGUGUGCUGGGGAACACCACCAUUCUAGCAGAGUUCGCCGGGGAAGAGGAGGUGAACCGCUUCUUUGCACAGGGCCAGUCGCUCGGCGGGACGACCAGCUGGCAGGCCACCCCGGGAACCAAUCAGACCAGGAUGGGUGGCUCCGGAUCCGGAGUUGCUCAUCCCAUUGGUCACUCACCCCACUGGAACAACAACAACAACAGCGGCGGCGGUGGCGGCGGCAGCAGUGGCGGGCUCGGAGCAGGCGGAACUAAAACGGGCGGGGAGUUGCUCUGGGGAGGCGUUCAGCAGUAUUCCAGCCUGUGGGGACCCCCGAGCGGCGAGGAGGGACGAGUCAUGGGGAGCCCCACGCCAAUCAAUACGCUGCUGCCUGGUGACCUGCUGAGUGGAGAGUCCAUGUAGGAGGAAAAACUGACAAAGAGGAGCAAAAACCUUGCAAAUCAGUGUGGAGAUAAUCAAGUGUGGAUGUGAAGACGAGGAGGAGAGUCGAGAGGAGGACAAGGCUUCAUAUUCGCUGCUUGGCUUUGUCCGCCUCCUCUGCUCUUUUUUUUUUUUUUUUUUUUUUUUGCCUUUUUUGCGUGUGUUAAACGGCAUUUCAGUCGCAGUUAUUUUGUGUGGGUUUCGGAUCCCAGAGUUUCAUUUAUCAAAGAACGAAGAAAAAAACCUUUUACAGAAACAAGCGGGGAAGUCGCUGUUUUAAACAAACUCGAGUCGACUGACAUGGCGACAAGCUGCCAUCUUUAUUCUGGUGGGAUCCCUCACUGCCUUUUCAGGCGAUCAUAAUGCACCUCAGAGAUCCAUGGAGAAAGGCAUCAUUCCCAAAGUUCUAAUAAAACCCUCCAAUCAGAGUGGGUGUCGCACGGUCAGCCGGUCCAGACCCGACAUUUGUUUCUGUCAGCACUAAUAUUAGCCUUAAACUGUUUCCUGCCCUGCUAUCCACGCUCACUCUUUACUCGGUAAAGAAGCUUACGGAGAACUUGCACACCCUUAUUUCUGAGCCAGUGAAACCUGAGUGGAAAGUACAUGCUGCUGCAGCUCACGACGUCAGUACAUUUGAGUUUUUUCCCCCCCCGCAGUUGGAUCAAGGUGUCCCCUUCCCCCCCAACCAACACAUCGCUCAAAGGGAAUGAUGCAACUUUGUUCGCCUUGCUCAAGCCAUUUAUUUUUGUAGUAUUUUUUAUGAUUUGUUUUCUUGAACCAUUGCAAAACAAAGCUUAGAAAAUUAUGUUACUCAAAUGUGUCUGUCAACCGUCUCUGGUGGGUGGAUGUACAUAUGAUGAGAUGAACCACUGCUAAUACAAAGGAACUGUAAAAAGACAAACACGAUGAUGCACCUCAGCCUGUCUAUGGGCUCUUUUAUGUUUUUUUGCAGUUUGGUCUCAGACUGUCUCAGUGACAUUUUGGGAGAAAUAAAAAAAAAAACAACCUCAAAUUGUUCCUUCCCCCCUGCGCCGCGCGCCCACUCCACCUGCAAAACCCACCAUUUCAAGCGACGUGCAAUAUAAGCCACAGACUCUACCGUCCAAGCACCCUACGACUGAGAGCAGACUGUAAGGAAAGAGUGAACUGCGAACACUUUAUCUGCCCUCAGAAAAAGAGGAAAAAACUGCCACUACUACCCUUUAUCUCCCCUUAGAGAGAGUGUGAACUCAGGAGAGUAGCAAGCUGGUCUUCAACCAUUUUCUGUCCAAGACACAAGGACUUCUAUACAAAGCACUUCUUCAGCCAGCCACCUCUCCAUAAGACUUGUGUGUGUGAUUUUAUGUGUGCGCAUGUGUGUGUGUUUGGGAAGAAGGCAACAAACCAAAUUCAGAGGAGCUUGUUUUCUUUUCCCCUCACCCAGAAGACAAGAUCACUUUUUUUUGUCCACAUUUGCUUCAGUUUUAAGAAAAAAAAAGGAAAAAAAAAAAAGAGGCAAAGACUUGUGAAUAGGUGGUCUGUUAUAGCACUUAACGAGAGCGCCGCUGCUCCUUAUACCCUCAACGCCAACGAACAGAAGGAAGGUGAAGCGACACUGGCAAAUAAAAACUGCAAAAAGACUUCAAAGCAAUCUGCUCAGUGGCUUCUCUGUGUACUUAUUUUUUAACUUGACAUGGAUGUGAACUUUGUUUUUCCUUCUUAAGUCAGUGGGACCAGAGGAUGUCAAACACGGUAGCAAAGUGAAGGGAAAUGCAAAGAAAACUCAAAGCGCUCAUCCUCACCUUCUUCUUUUUUUAUAUCAAAGUAAACAUCACUGUUAACAUUGCAACUUUGAGAACUUUUUACGCCUUGGUGUCUGGGAUCGCUCAGCUGGAUCCGGCAGGGAGGAUCGCCGUCUCGUCCUUGUUUUUGUGUUUUUCUUUUUGGAGGCCCAGCCAACUGGUGUGAUAGUGUGGCCACUGAGUGCCUGCCUGCUGCAGAGAGCAGAGCUGCAGCAGCCCUCACCUUUCCCUCCCCGUCGCCUCCUCCCUCGCCUGCCCUCCUCCCUGCUGAUCCCUCCUCUCCCUCCUCCGCCUUUGCGCCGGGAGGAGCUCGGAAAUUACUACUACUGCUACUAUGUCAGAGCAUGUCCUCAGCAAGCGCCAUUUCCACUGUCUGUCUUUCUCCUGCAAACAUCACUUUAGUCAAAGAUCAAAGUCAUUUGAGUGUUUUGGGGUUUAUCUUUUGGUUUGUACUUAACUGAAUUGCCAUGAUGCAUUUAUUUUAUUGCUGAAGUUGUUGAUGACAGUUUCUGAUACAUGUGGGUCAGGAGAUUCUCAACCUUGGAGAAAAAUACUACGGUUUCACAGUAUCAAGGUACUACCAAAAGAUCUCAUAAUAAAAAUGUGUUACAGGAUCCAGAUGUUCUUAUACCAGAAAAGCAUUAAUUAGACCCACUGCUGCUAAAACAAAUUGACAUUUUGGUCAUAAUUAGAAUUUAGGGCUACGCAAUAUUUAGAAAACAGAAGAUUUUGACUUUUACUGUUGAAUGUUGGGAUCAAUUGGAAAUGACUUGUGUUUCCCCAUCAUUGUCCCUGAGUUUGAUCAUCUCUGUCAAUAUACCUAUCAGUGUAUAUUGGCAAGCAGCGUGGUUGGAUUACAUUUAACUCACCAAAUAAUGCAUUCAGCCCGUCCUUUACGAUUGCAGUUUUGUAUCGUAUUAUGGUUCCAAUUGCAAUUUGAAAUGUUGUGCAGCUCUGUUGUAUUUUCUACAAUAUGAAUUCCUUUUUAUUCCAAUGUAGACCUCAGAAAAUAUUUACUGACUAAAUUCAGUUGUAAACUGUUUUAUUAUGCAGAAUAUUGAACCACUUUGUCAUUCUACUUCAAGUGUAACGAGUUGAUAUUAGUCGGGCUAUCUGAUCUUGUAGCUUAAAGCGAGCUGCCUGACAGUUACUUUUAGCUUUUAGCUUGUACGUUAGCAGCAAUAAUGUACUUCUAUUAAUGAUGAACGUGUCUGUGUUCAUACUAUGUUAAGCCAGAGAAAUGCAGCCUCAUGGGGGUCAUUAAUGCGCUGGUUUGUACACUAUUAGGAAAACUUUAAAAAUGGAGCGAGGGAUUUCUCACUAGGAUAUCAAUUCUUUUUGAUAUCCUUGUACCUUUGUGGGAAAAACAAUGGUGGACUCUCUAAGAACAAUUAUUGCCCCGCUUUGGAUAGGAGUAUUAUUGUCACUGCCGGUGCACGACACUAUUUUCACUAUUGAGCGAACUGGGUUGUAUGAAUUAAGCCUUAAUAAGACUGAUGGGUGGCUCUCCUUUAGUUUCCAUACUUGGUCUGUCUGUAAUUUCUGCAACCAGACAUAUUUCCUAACAGCCAAACUUUUCUCUUGUCUCAGCAUUGGAAAGAUGUAGUAGACAACUCUCAUUCAGCUGGUGGUGGUGUGCAGCAACAAGCAGGGGAAGGGCAACGCUGUUAAUCAAUGCUCUGUACGGAAAACACUGGUCACUCCUGCGCUUCCUCUGGCAUGUUAAGAUGACUUUUUACACUCCGAUUGUACCUUGAUACUGGAAACCAGUCCAUGCCUAGCUUCUGAUUGUUUAUGAUGAUCAUUUCUUUGCUUUCAAAUACUGGUCUUUAUGCAGUGUUCAGCAUCCCUCCUGUCCCUUCCUGCCGCCUCCCGAGCAGAACCGGCGCGCAGUUCCACCGGUACGCCACAGCAGGCGGCUAAAAGCGUAAUCGGACCUGCGUGCGGUCGGCCUUGUUCUGCCGUGGACGGGCUUCACUCACGUUGAACUCUGGGAGCGCUCUGUCACACUUAGAGCCACCUCGACUGACAGCAAGCCUUCCAUUUCUAUGCAAACGACAAAAGGAGGUGUUUGUCCGCAGCAAUCGUCUACAUCUGCCAGUCUCCACUUCUCCUCUCACAACUUGUAUUACCAGGCAGCUUCUCCUGAAACCUCACUGGGUUCAAAUGUAGGGGACACUGAAAGAGAGUCCCACUUCUCUUUAGAUUGACACUAAACAACCUGCUGGAGAUUCUAUUUGUUGGCCGUUGCGCCUUCAGGCUGGUGCCAACAGGAUCGCUGGUAUCUACUUCCAAUUUCUCACAUUGUCAUUUAUGUUAGAUUAAAGGAGUCAUUGCUGAUGGGGCGUACCCAUCGGGCCGCUGGAGAAGCAGAAGGGCAGGACAGAUGAUGCUGGUCUUUGAGGAACAGUGGACUGGAAUAUAUAUUUUUUUUAAUUUUUAUUUUUUUAGCGGCUGCAGUAGGAGGAGGAGGUGGGAAGGGGGUCCGAGGGAGGUCCCUGUAUGUGUCUGUGCACUGUUUAUGGGUCACAUCGGGUACAUCUCUUUAAAAACCAAAAACAUUUUUUUUUUCUUUUUAUCAUCAAGAUUUUCACAAAAACUAGAAACUACAAAAAAAAAGAAGAAGAAAAAAGCUGUGCACUCAGAAGCUGAGACGCACCUCAAGUUUGGUACCAAGUCUUAAAAAAAAAACUAAAAAAACCUUUGGGGAUUUGCCCUCUUCCAGAGUCGCCUUGGACGUGCGUCGUUCAACAAAAAAAAAAAAAAACAAUCACUUUUUGCCUGUGCUGUUUGUUCGUGAGAUUGUUCCUGAAAACCUGCAUUAAUGAACUCCACACUGGACUUUAAUCAUGGAGCUGGUGUUGAAGUUGAGGGGUGGGGGAAGGUGGGUCAGGGGGUCGACUCUCAGAUGUGGAUUUCUCGGCGCAGCACCAGCACUGAGAGGCUCUCUCCCACAUCCUCAUCUGCACUCUUAUCUACCUGUAAAGUGUCGGAAAUCGGAUGCUCUCCCUACUUUUUACAUGUUUUUAUUAUUAUUAUUAUUAAUUUUGAAGGCAACUGGAGCUCGAGUAAAACCUGCUUCAUAAUCACAGAUCAGACAUUAGUCUGAGAAGGGACCCAAGAAAUCAAAGGACUGGGUUGAAUAUGCACAUGCUAGCUCAUACACAAUAUACAACCAAGAGUACAUAAUGGAUGUGGGUGGUUAGACUUGACCCGUUUUCCCACUUUUACUCCCUUUGCUUCAUCCCUUCCCAUUUGUUUCCCAGAUGACGAGAUCAUAAACAUAUCAGAGUAAUACAGAAUAAUGAGAACAAAUACUUGAAUCAAAAAAGAAGCGCCAAUAAUGUAAUGUGAACACUUUUUUUGUAGUUUUUUUUUUUUUUUUUUUUUAUUCGUCUGAUUCAUACACUUCAGAGAUUUUGACAGCGUCUGUUCAGAGUUACUAAAAUUUGAAAUGUCUGAAAACAAAGAUUGAUUAUUAAGGCAAAUUUUACAUCUUAUCAGAGUGUUUGCACAAGGCUGCUUGUACUGUAUGAAUGAAUGUCUGUCAGGUGUAAAAACACGUACAGGUGCAUUUUGGUACACUGGAAGGACAUCAAAACUAAAUCAAACACAGAUUUAUUGUGCGGGGAUCAUUUUUUAUUUGUUUAUUUCUGGUCAUUUUGAUGAUUGUUUUUAAGUGCACACUAUAACUAGGCCCUUUCAAGGUCCUCCCAAGAUUAUUGUCUUGAACACAAAUCCACCCAGUGUUGUUCGCUGAAGUCCCGAAGCCUUAGAAAUAUCUUCGUAUCUCUUUCCAGACUGUUAGUUUGAGAUCUUUUUAGCCUCCUUUACUCUCAGAAAGGUACUGGUUAAGUCAAUUUGAACUCAGCUUUCCAAAAACUGGUUAGUAACAGUCAUUAUUUGAGAGAGAGGUGAUUACUUUUUCACAUGUACUCAUGAUUUCAAAACUGCUUUUGUAUUUCUUCAGUUUACCUUUGUCACUUUGAAAGUUGAGUGGAAGGAAAAAGUACAAAAUCAAUAGGGAGAAUUCCCUGUUCCUCAUAAUGAUCAAAAUUAACAGAAAUAAGCACCAAACGCAUAAAUCUGUUAGUUUCACUUCUUUAAUUGUAAACAGAAAUAAACUUUUUGACACCAUUCUGAUUUAUUGAGAUGCACCUGUAUGAGAGCUUGUGAUUACUGCGGAGAACCUCCUCCGCCUCGUAUUUCUUUUCAUUUCAGUAUACUUUUUUUUUUUUUUUGCUUGUCAGAAACUAUAUUGUAAUGUUGUAACUAGCCUCUAGCGUUGCACUGAGCGUCGACCUCGCCCCUCGCCCAGCUACAUGAACAACAUGAUACAAGUACUGAAGGGGAGACAGGGGGACAGUUCACGUGUAAAUGUUUACUCAAGGACUAAAAUAAGUGUGUGUGUUUUGGUUUUUUUUUUUGUUGUUGUUUUUUUCUUAUGUAAUGUUUUAUCUACCUUAGUGGCUUUCAUUGUGGAAUAAUCCAAGAAAGUAUGGAUCAUUAUUGAGUAUUGCACCAUUUUUCAGACUGUAAACUUUAAAAAUAAAAAAAAUCAUAUAUGUAAAAAAAAAAAAAUUAAAAAUACAGCAAAAAAAGAAAAAAAAAGUAUUUUACAGACCUGUGGCCAUAGAUUGGAGGUAGAGGGACUUUAACUCUCCCGAAUCUGAGCAAACGGAGAGUGAAGAGCGAGACAUCAGACCGAGCCUUGGCUUCUAGGGCUCACCUCAGAGGUGCCUACCUUUCUGUUUUGUUUUUUUUAAAUUUUGUUUUAAGUCCUGUCAUCUUUUGUUUUUCUUUUCCUGCAAGGCCACUGACAGUUUACAGUUUUAUUUCUUCAGCAAAACAAAGGAGGAAUCAAACCACACGAAUGUUGGAAGAAGAAAGCAAAAGGACAAAUGCUUCCAUUUUAAAAAGAAAAAAAAAA